AUGGUACUAGAACAAGAAGAACACUUAAACGAAAGGCUAUUGUUGGAUGCGGAACCUCCUGCUAGAUCUGCGAUCUCCACAUCCACGUCCAACUCCAGACGAGGAGCAGCACCUAUUCAAGCUACGAUUGGGAAUUCUAAUCCUGAACAUAGACGCGAUAGGACGUUUCUUGAUGGGGGUCAUGAACUAAGGCUCUCUGAUGAUGAAGAUGAUGAAGACGAAAGUCUGGUUAAAUUUGGUUCCAAUUCAUCCGGUAGUGACAAUAACCCAUUCACGGAUGGUAAUGAAGUCCCAACCUUUAAUGGUCCACACUCAUUCACAGACCAAUAUGGGAAGGUUUAUGAUGAAGUAGAUUUUGAUUCGAAGCUCUAUACUUCCAAACUCAAGUUUAAAGGCAAUAGAUUAGUGUAUUUCACGUCUGCCUUUGUCUCGUUGUUUGUUUCACUCUUCGGUUAUGAACAAGGGGUGUGCUCCGGUAUUCUUACCUACGUAACUUUCAAUGCCUACUUCAAUGAUCCGACUGCUGCGCAGAUCGGAAUUGUCAUUCUGAUCUUGGAAAUAGGUGCAAUGCUUUCGUCAUUGGCCGUUUCCAAGAUUCUGGAUCUCUAUGGUAGGAAACGGACUAUAUUGUUGGGUACUUUCAUAUUCAUAAUUGGUGGUACCUUGCAAUCUUUUCUGACCAAUUUAUUUGUUUUUGGUGUAGGAAGGGUGUUUUCAGGGAUAGGUGUAGGAAUAUUAUCAACGAUUGUUCCUUCAUAUCAAUGUGAAAUUUCUCCUCUGGAAGAAAGAGGGAAAUUGGUAUGUGGUGAAUUCACGGGGAAUAUAUGUGGGUACUGCCUACUGGUUUGGGUCGACUACUUCUGUUAUUUUUUGCAGAAUGUCGGUGACGCUAGACUGAACCCCAAGCAUUCCUUUUGGGCACAUUUAUCUUGGAGGUUGCCACUUUUCAUUCAAGUACUUAUUGCCAUUGUCUUGUUCAUUGGAGGUUUGUUCAUAGUGGAAAGUCCCAGAUGGCUCCUCGAUGUAGACCGAGACCAACAGGGCUUCCACGUGUUGGCGUUAUUGUAUGAUCUGGCUCCAGAUAGCAACAAACCUAGAGAAGAGUUUUUUAUGAUUAAAAAUUCUAUUUUACAUGAAAGAAUUGUAAUCCCUAAGCUGGAAAGGACCUACAGGCAUAUGUUCAAGAACUAUUUGAGUAGAAUUUUAAUUGCAUGUCUGGCUUUGGCUUUUGCUCAGUUUAAUGGAAUCAAUAUUAUUUCAUACUACGCGCCCAUGGUUUUUGAGGAAGCUGGCUUCAACGAUUCCAACGCAUUACUCAUGACCGGGAUCAAUGGGCUAGUGUACUUGGCAUCAACCAUUCCUCCUUGGUUUCUUGUUGAUAGAUGGGGUAGGAAACCUAUAUUGAUAAGCGGAGGAUUAUCUAUGGCAGUGUGUUUAUCACUUAUCGCCAUUGUCAUGUUUAUGGAUAAGAGUUAUACCCCUUCAAGUGUUGCCUUUUUGGUCAUUGUAUAUAAUGCUUCGUUUGGUUACAGUUGGGGACCUAUUGGGUUCCUCAUCCCUCCAGAAGUGUAUCCACUUUCAAUCCGUUCCAAGGGUGUAUCAUUAUCUACCGCUUCCAACUGGUUAGCGAAUUACAUAGUGGGUCAAUUAACCCCAAUCUUGCAAGAAUCCAUUGGAUGGGCGAUGUAUAUUAUUCCCGCGUGCUUUUGUCUUAUUUCGGUGGUUGUUGUCUGGUACUUUUACCCCGAAACGAAGGGAAUUGAAUUGGAAGAUAUAGAUAAGUUAUUCGAUGAAUACUAUGGCAAGAAAGACAAUGGAAGACAACAGAUGAACAGCUAUGUUUAUCUUGAUCAACAGCAUGGGGUAAAUACGAAUGACAAUUUUGAACUUGAUGAUUUGGAUGAUUUAGAUUAUGAGACGACGCCCCAAAGAACAUACUGA